CACCCCUCACUCCCAGUCAAGCUCUCGCCGCUCUGUUGUACUAGUCGUCGCUUCGCAGGAAGAGUUUCUGCCGGCAGAGUUGGACAUUGCCAGCUGCUUUCGGAGGAGUUCGGUUUCUAGGUUGCAGGACACCUGACUCAGCGGGGAGUCUGAUGCUUGCUGUUGAGCUGUAACCAGAACUGCACAUAAAAGAUGCGUAGGUCCAGCUCAGAGGGCACACUCUUGUAUGAAAUCUUACCAUGGCAUGGAACAUCAGUGGGAAGACCUGAAUGUCACCAAAUUGGGGUUGAGACUGACCGCUCCGAGGAGCAGUCAUGGAACACUGGAAAGACGGGACUGCUAAAUGUUCAGGAAGUUUCUCCCCUUCUUUGCACAAGUCUGAAGAAGACUGACCCUUUUAUUGAAGUAACUGAUGGACCUCAGCCAUCUUCUCUGGGAGAUAUACCGAUAGUCCGCAUUGAGAAGGAAUACAGCUUAAGUGUUGAAACUUUAUCUAACAUUGUCAGUGAACAUCCACCUGUUGGAGAAUGUUUUCUUGGUGUACCUGGACUGUCAGGAGUGUCUCGAGCUUACAGUGAUAGCCAGUUGGCACGAGAGGGACCCACAGAUGUCCUGGAUGGCACUCAUAAAGGCAGAAAUGACAGUAGAUGGACUUCAUCAUCUUCUAAAUCAAUUCGUUCAGACAAUUCUCAUGGAAGGUUGGCUGCAGCCAAGGAUCACUUGCUCAAGUCCUUAUUUGGGUCUUCAAAACAGAACCUUCAUGCCAGUAUGGAAACAGAUUUGGACACAGUUGAUGGCAACAGAAAAGAGAAAAAAAGUCGACUUGCUUUUCUGAAGAAACUUAGUGAGGUUGGCAUGGCUUCAAGCUCAAGUGAACUCAGACCCAGUCCUGAAGAAGUGAAGAAAUGGUCUGAGUCACUGGACCAUCUGCUGUGUCAUAGAUAUGGUGUUGCAGCUUUCCGGGCGUUCCUGAAGUCAGAGUUCAGCGAUGAGAAUCUGGGAUUCUGGCUAGACUGUGAAGAUUAUAAACAGACCAAGAGUAGCAGUCAACUUGCCCGCAAAGCCAAGAAGAUCUACAAUCAGUAUAUAAUUCCUCAGGCACCCACAGAGGUCAAUCUGGACUCAAAGACACGAGAGGACACGUCCCAGCAUAUCCAUCACCCAACUCAUACAACCUUUGACCAGGCUCAGAAACGUGUGUAUGGGCUGAUGGAGAAGGAUUCAUAUCCACGAUUUCUGCGGUCUGAUCUUUACCUGUCUUUGCUUGAUCCAGAACUGCACAACGGUAGCCUAUGAAACACUGAAACACUUA